UGACCCUCAACAAAAUUUUGAUAUAUUGAUACGAAUUGCAUUCAAUAUAAUAAAUAUCGGUAUGAGACACAAAAAUGAAGGUGUACAUAUUCAAAAAUAAAACCAGAUCAACACUUAGCCAGUAUGUCACGCUAUCGGGAAUGGGACUUGACCUGCAAAGUGUAUGUUGGAAACUUGGGAUCAUCAGCAUCAAAAUUUGAGAUUGAAAAUGCAUUCAAUAAAUAUGGGCCUUUACGAAACGUGUGGAUAGCACGCAAUCCGCCUGGUUUUGCUUUUGUUGAGUUCGAAGAUCGGCGAGAUGCUGAAGAUGCCACCCGAGCACUUGAUGGAACACGCUGCUGUGGCACUAGAAUCCGUGUAGAAAUGUCUUCAGGACGCUCUCGCGACAGAGCUCUGCGUGGCGUUGCCGAAGGAAGCGGCAAUAGUGGUGGGCGCGGUAAUGGACGAUUUAGAUCCCGUUCACCAAGGCGUUCUCGGACACCUCGAAGCUUCUCUAGAGAUAAUAGAAGUCGUUCCAAUUCACGUGAUCGAUAUAAAAAACAUUAACUAGCAAUUAAAUUAUAAGCAAAAUUGUACCUUUCUAAACUUAGUCACUUAUAUAACUACUUGGUACCCCUAAUAACAAAUUUAUGUUUAAUGGAUCAAAACAAGCAUUUAACUGAACUAAGUUACCUUAAGUAAUUAAAUUAAGGAAACUUUUUUUUCAUGUAUUUAAACAUCUAUUUUA